AUGUCUCUUAUUCAACUUGAACAAGACUUUCCAAUUGGUUUCGCAGAGAAUAGAGAUCAAACAGGAGAAACAACUGAAUACUAUGUUGAAUGGCUUGAUGAUAGCGCAGAGUUUCCAGGUUUAGCCGCAGCACCUUCCUUGAACAAUGCAAACCUUACUGGUGGUAACUGGGAGCUUCUUCAACGCAAGGAACUGAACGAUGAAGACAACGUCGUGGAAGAAGAUGAAGGCGCUUGGUUCAAAAUCAGCACUACAGAUCAACAUCCAUUGUAUGCUCAAGUAACUGAAAAGAAUGCAGCUGAAUUGCAACCAACAAAGAGACGCAUUCAGCCCCUUUGGCCCGUACAAGAAACUCGUAUCAAGCGUGCUAAUGAUAAAGAAGAUGCCAUUGAUGAAGAUACUUAUCAAGAUGAUUUGGGCGCUGAGUUAAUUGAUAUUCACAAAGCACAAAGCCGAAGGGCCAAUCGUAUGGGUAAAUUGCGCAAAUAUCAUGACUUGAAGACAAUAGAUCUCCACGUACAAGGUGUGUUCCGAGUCGCUUAUUCACCAAAAGGAGCAGCUGAUGUUGUUUGGCUUCCUUACGACACUUCUGACCCCAGUGCAACCAUCUCUCAGCACAUCUUCAACAUGAAUGCUGAUCCUAAAGCUCAAGCAUUACGCUAUGCAUCAAGAUUCAGCCAUAAUUUCAAGAAAUUUGCUUGCAAGACCAACCAUUCAAAGCACCCUUCCUUCCCUGAUAAUGGUGAAUUUUCUGUUCAUUCAGCCAUCGUUAAAAACUAA